AUGUACGGCUGGGAGCGCACUUCGUAUUCGCACGAUACACAACACGACCGAAGACGAAGACGACGACGACGGCGACGAUCGUGAUGGUUGGAACGGAUCGAGCAUAAGUCGUCUGAAGCUAUCAAACGUUCGUGCGUUCUGACUUUUCCGCUCAUUCCGUUUUUCUCGACUGACGCGCGGCAGAUUCUGCGAAAAGCAUCCACGAUGAGCGACGAGGGAUUCGAUCCAUGCGAGUGCAUGUUGAAUCAAAUGUCCAUGCAGCAUCUACUUUCUAUCAUACGACAAUCACAAGAUUAUUGCUCGGAUACCGAAUGCUUUAGCUUAUCGAGAUUUCCGCUAGGACCGCAAACGAACAUCCAGAGAGAACAUUCGCCCUUCCUCUUUACUUGGUUAAUUAUCGGCUUUAUCUUGUUCCUAUUCAUAUUUAGACCGAAUUCUUUGCGACAAUCGACCAGAAAUGUUAUUAAGAACCGCAAUGAACCCGAUUCACAUAGUGAUGACCCGCCUUCGCCACCAACAGUGAACUAAAUAAUACAAUAUAACUUUGCUGGAAGAUCUUGUUAUUCGAGAUUUUAUACAUUAGGAUCUAAAUUCGUAAUAGAAAUAAGAGAAGAGUUUUAUAUAUGUAUAGUAUAUACAUAUGAUAUUAAUGUAAUGUAAGCAUUAGCGGGUAUAUCGAUAAUUUGAUUUCUUAGAGAUGUAAUUUUUCCUUGAUGAUAAUCGCAAUUUUGAAUAAUGCGCACGCAUUUUCUUUAUCUCACAAUAACGUGCCUGAAUUACAUUCACUAAUAGUGUUUUUUAUCGUGUUCAUUUCUCUUGAAAUCGUGCAUGAUAUCUGAUUGUAAUUAUAUAUGAAUCCGCUUAUUCGCAAUAAUAAGAAUAUAAUGUAUGCGAAAUAAUAUAAUUUAAAAUCUUUAUUCUAAAAACAAUGAAAAAAUUAAGUACCUGCGAAUGGAUAUAGUCAUCUAACGAACUUAUUUAUUUGGUAUUUAUAUUCCAGAAAAUAUCCAGAAUUCACUAAAAAUUUUACAAAAAUAACUUACAUAAAAAAAUCUUCCAUCAAUCAUCGAAUAUGCAAUAUCUGAUGUAAAUAACACAACGACAGUAAAAUAAUGUAUAAUAAUUAAAAAUUUCGAGUCUUGUAUAAUCUUUCAAGAAACAUUUUAUGAAUAUUUUAUGAAUAUUUAUAUUCUUUUUUUAUAACGCAAUUAUAAGAACAGUGCAAGUAUAUUUACAUCUUGUUUUGGUACAAUAAAGAUAUUUAAAAGUUACAUUUUAUCAUUCACAAUAAGAAAAAAAUAUAAUUUAUAAUUUAUUUCAAUAUACAUAUUAUACCAUUCAAAUGAAGUGGAGCUAUUUUAUCACAUUAGACAUUUUACAUAAAUUAAAAAAUAAUAGAUUUAAAGAUAUAAAUAAAUCUAUAUUCUAUAUAGACAAUGAUUAUCAAUAAUAUUACGUACAAAGUAUUCUCUCAUAAUGGAUAUGGUCUAUUAUAAAAUAUUUUAUACUAAUA